GCAUUUGCCAAGUUGUGUCAUGGUAAUCUAAACGACAAAAACCUUAAAUAAACGACUUUAAUUAUUACUAUAUAUCUUUGAUAAUAUUUAAUAGAUUAUUUUCUUCUUUUUAUUUACACGUGUUUCACGUGUUGAUUUUAUAAUUCGAUAAUCGAAAGUAUUGAUUUCGAUAAUCUAUCUCGAUUGUAGGGGUAGAUUCAAUUAAGAAUACGACACGGGGGUUGGAUUAUAACAUAGUAUAAAAUAAAAUAAAUAUUUUAUAUUAUAUAUUGUGGCAACUUUCUCUUAAUAAUAAUGACUAGUACGGUGUUAAAAAAUGCAGGUAUUCAUUCGUCAAAACAAUUAUACAAGUUUCUGUUACGGGAAUGUAAUAAACUUCCACAAGGUGCUAACGAAUUUUAUAAACAUUCUAUUAAACAAAGUUUUAAACAACAUACCGAAGAGUCUGAUCCGGAACGUGUUAAAGUGAUUAUGGAAAAAGCAUUCUCUGAUGCUAAAUGGGUUUUGCAAAAGUAUAACAAGGAAAUAGGAAAAUAAAAUAGACACAUAAAAAAAUAUAAAAUAUUUUUUAAAAUGAAUUUUGAACUGGUAGUAUCUGAAAGUAGUGAUAAUAAUAUUUUAAAUUUUUGGAAAGCUAUAGAAAUUCUAAUAAAUAAUCCCCAUACUAUUAAUCGUAGAAUUUUAAUUUGCCAAAAAAUACUUACAGCACAAUUUAAAAGUAAUCACAACUUAUAUUCCUAUAUUAAAGUAAUACAAUCUUUAUCGAUAGAGAAUAAUGACUGUGAGGAUAAUAAUAUUUGGAUAGAAACGUUAAAAAUAAAUGAAUAUUGUAAUGUAGUUAAUUCCAUAAAUUUUCAUAAAAAUAACAAUGAGAAUAUAUUUUUAAAUGUGAACAAAUUAUUAUCUCGUAGUUCUCAAUUUGGUACAACAUUAGAAUUUAUAUUUAUUAAUAAAACAGAAAAUUAUGUUUUGUUUCUUCAAAAAUGUAUUUCUGAAGAUAAACUUUCAUUAGGUACAAAUGUAAUUUAUAAAAUAGUAUACGAUAAAGAAGGUAUUAUUUCUAUGUACGUACAAAAACUAGAUGAUAUAAAUUCUCAUAAAAGUAUUAAUUGGCUCAAAAACACAUUGUUUAUACGUUUAAUGAAAUGGAUAAAACAAGAUACUUCUGUUAAAAAUCGUCUUAUUAUCAAUUCUUUAUCUCUUGUGCAUUCCGAAAAAUAUGCUAAAUUAUAUACUGAAUUGAAAUUAAAAUAUGGUACUUCUAUGGUCAAAGCAUGGCCUGAAAAUACUGAUCCUUCAAAAUUUGUUUACGAAGAUAUUGCUAUUGCAACUUAUUUAAUUUUAUUAUGGGAAAAUGAAAGAAACGAUAAUGGCUGUAAAAAAUUACAAUCAUUUGUUGAUCUUGGUUGCGGCAAUGGUCUACUUGUAUAUAUUUUAUCAAGUGAGGGUUAUCCAGGAUUAGGAAUUGAUUUACGAGCAAGAAAACUCUGGGAUCAUUUUCCAAAAAGUACUCGUUUAGAAGUUCGAACUAUUAUUCCAUCAACUUCAUUAUUUCCUGAUGUAGAUUGGCUUAUCGGAAAUCAUUCUGAUGAACUUACACCAUGGAUUCCAGUUAUUGCUGCACGUAGUUCAUAUAAUUGUAGAUUCUUUUUAUUACCAUGUUGUGCUUAUGAAUUUGAUGGUAGCAAAUUUCAAAGACAAAAUACAUGUAUAAGUAAAUAUUCAGAAUAUAUUUCAUGUAUCUCAAAUAUGUCCAAAAUAUGUGGCUUUGAUACUCAAUUGGAUAAGUUAAGAAUACCAUCGACAAAAAGAAUUUCUUUAAUUGGUUCGAAAAGAAAUUAUUCAAAGGAAGAUUUCCUUUUACAAGAAAAACGUAUUCAGGAAUUAAUAAAUAUUACGUCAUUAGCAAAAAUUAAUGAGAUUAAAAACGACGAUAAUGAAAUGUCAUUUAAUUCAUGGUCUGAUAAUUUUAAACCAAGAAAUCCUAUUGAAAAAGUACGAAAUUGCACACAAUUAAAUCAAACUUUAAUAUCUGAUAUUAUCAAAUUAGUUACAUCAAAAUUAUUGUCUACGUAUCGUCCUAUAAAUCUAUCAGAAAAAAAUAAUAAAGUUUGGAAUGCAGGUGGUCAAAUUGAUUUAAAGGAUAUUAUCAAAUGUAUACCUUUAGAAAUGUUGAAACAGCUCAAAAAUGAAUGUGGAGGUAUUCAAACAUUACUAAAAAAUAAUGGCCACAUAUUUUCUAUUAUUCAAGGAAAAGUACAAUUAAAAAUAUCUGGAAUUAGUUCUAUCAAUGUUAAAAAAAAACGAAGGACUAAUGCUAUAAAUUCAAUAAAAACAAAAUCUUGUUGGUUUCAUGAAAAUCAUCCUGAUGGUUGUCCAAACAUUGAAAUGAACUGUAAUUUUAAACAUUAAUUUUUAUUUGUUCAUUAAUCGCUUAUACUUCAAAAGUUUUCACACAUAAAUGCUAUAUAAGUUCAAUUCUAUAAUAUGUUUUAUUACAAACAGUAGUAAUUUAUGUACAAGUUAUAUUUUUACGUAUCAAAUAAAGAUAAUACAACUUAU